GUCUUCACAAAAUGAAGAGAGAUUGCUCCUCAGAGUCUGGGGAGCAGCUGCAGGAGGACCAGGGGGGUCUCUCCAGUGGAGCCCCUAGGCUGGCACCCUACUUCGGGCCUCAGUCGCCUGUCCAGGAUGAACAGGAAGAUGUCUCCUCUUCAGAAUCAGAAUCAGAAUCAGAAUCAGAAUCAGAAUCAGAAUCAGAAUCAGAAUCAGAAUCAGAAUCAGAAUCAGAGCUGGAGCAGCAGGAGGGUCCCCAGGGGGCCUCUGCCUCAGCCCUGAUGGGAAACCCCAGCCUCUCACCUCGGUUCUCUGGCCACAAGUGGAAGAGGGAGAGCUCUUCAGAGGCCCCUGAGGACAGGAGGGGAGGCCCCCAGUGCUCUGAUGUAGCCUCCCGGGAAGACAUCAGGCUCCCACCUUGCAGGAGGUGGAGGGAGUAUCUGUCCCUGAUGGAAGAGGAGCAGAGAGAACCAUUGCGAUGUCCACGACCUGGGCCUUUUACCCACAUGGGUGUCAGAGAGAAGCCUUGUGGCCUGAAGGGGACCAUGCAGAGGAAGCGCCCGUCCUCAGUGCUGCCCGAGCACCACGCGGCCUUCACCAGGCUGCUGGAGGAUCCAGUCAUCAAGGAUUUCCUGGCCUGGGACGAAGGCCUGAGGGCCUCUGACAAGUAUCUCCUGGCCAUGGUCAUCGCCUACUUCAGCCGGGCCGGCCUCCUCCCCUGGCAGUACCAGAGGAUCCACUUCUUCCUGGCGCUAUACCUGGCCAACGACAUGGAGGAGGAUGAGCAGGCUCCUAAACAAGACAUUGUCUUGUUUUUCUGUGACUGGAAUUUGAAAAAGGUUCCCGAGUUCCACAAGCUGCGCUAUGAGUUCAUCUGCUCCAUGGACUGGGACCUCAGGGUGACCCGAGAGGAGUGUGAGGAGAUCCAAGCUUAUGAUCCUACGCUCUGGGUGUGGGGCCGAGAUCGCGCCCUCAUCCCACAGACCCUGAAGCCCUGAGAACAGCGGCCUCAAGAAGGUGGAUCUCUGGCCCGUUGGAGCAAGGAAAUUGAAUCACCCCAGCAUUCUCCCCAGAGCUGGAACCCCCAGUGGGUGCACAUGGGACAAGUUUUUCUCUGGCACCCUGCAAAUUUUACGAUCCUCAUUCAAGUUUCCCUUGAAUUAGAAGGUGGAAAUCUGCUGUCUUCAUGUUCUGGGUUCCUUGUAUUCUUGAGAGCAAUUGAAGAUGACCAGAUUGGGAGUCAGAUUGGGAGGCAAUUACUUAAAGUAUAAUGAUAGGUCCAUAGGCAAGUCAUAGAUUUCUUUAGUAUAAGUAUAAAGCAUAUUAGUUUCUUGUAGACAUUUUGCCCAUAGAAAUAUUACUAUGUAUAUUUGAUUUAAUACUGAGAUAUUCCAUAUAUUUGUAGUCCUAUUCUUAUAGUGCUUUGACAGGUAUUUUAAUAGAUAGAUGUACAUAAAUAGUUUGUCUUUUAGAGAGGUUUUUAUCUUAGCUAUUAUAGCAAGGAGGGAGAGUGCCCUCAAACUCUUGUAAAUAUACGUAUUAGUUGCUUGACUCCUGAAUCUGACAUGCAAAGGAGCAGUGGGU